AUGCGUGGAUUAUCUCGGCCUGUUGGAGAUGUGAAUCGAAGGCACACUGUGCACCAAUCCAACAGGUUUCCGCUCUACAUGAUGCAACUCUACCGGACUUUAUUGGCUGGAGACGCCGCUGCCGCUCACGCUUUCAGCGCCGCUCCAUCAAAGAGCCAGGACAACCCGCGUCUCCAUGACUCCGACUCUGUUUUGAGCCUGGAGGCUAAAAGUUGUCUCCAGGCUGGUGAAAGAUGGUCUGUCACCUUCGACAUGUCCUCCAUCUCUGCGAGUGACACCGUCCAGCGCUCUGAACUGAGGAUCCGCCUGCCAGUCUUCACAGUCUCUGACAGAGCCACCGUGGACCUCUACCACUCCCAGAGAGGCCAGUGUGUCAGCCAUCCCUGCCCAGAGAAGAGGCUCUUCCUGGGUCGCCUCAGUGCCGAGCCCAGCUCCAUGAACUCCACGUCCUCCUGGAAAGUAUUCAACGUCACCGCCCUGCUCCGCUCCUGGCUGCUCCAGGACACGACCACGUCUCCCCCAGAGGACGGGAGACCAGCUGGGGAGGAGGAGGAGAACCAGGACCCUGAGGAGGUUCACCAUGGCACUGGACAACGGGUCAUGAUGGUGGUGUUCUCCAAACAGAACGCCGCCCAAGAGGGACAGCGAUCCCCCACUCUGAUCCGUACGGCGGAACUCUCCAAAUACGUCACCCUGGACCGGGAUCGGACCCCAGCCGUCGCCACCCCUGGAGCCCGUCGUAGGAAAAGGCACCAGCAGGAUGGACCCAGGAUCGGGGCAGGGGUCGCUGCUGCUGGUUCCCCCACUAAGGAGAGGAAAGGCCCCUUGUGCAAGAGAGUGGAUAUGUGGGUGGACUUUGACCAGAUUGGCUGGAGUGACUGGAUCGUCUACCCCAAACGCUACAAUGCGUACCGCUGUGAGGGCAGCUGCCCCACCCCUCUGGGCGAGUCCUUCACGCCAACCAACCACGCCUUCAUGCAGAGCCUUCUGAAGAUGCAUCACCCGGACAGGGUACCGUGCCCGUCUUGCGUGCCCACGCGCCUGGCGCCCCUCUCCAUGCUCUACUACGAGAACAGCGAGAUGCUGAUGCAGAACCACGAGGACAUGGUGGUAAUGGAGUGCGGCUGCCACUGA